GACCAGAGACCAGAGACCAGCAGAGACCAGAGACCACCAGAGUCCAGCAGAGACCACCAGAGACCACCAGAGUCCACCAGAGACCACCAGAGUCCACCAGAGUCCACCAGAGACCACCAAAGACCACCAGAGACCACCAGAGACACCAGAGACCAGCAGAGACCAGCGGAGACACCAGAGACCACCAGAGACCACCAGAGUCCACCAGAGUCCACCAGAGUCCAGGAUGCUGUGUUGAACCGUCGUACCGAUGCUUAGUAAGCGAGGUCCUCCUGCCCUUUAGAUGUGUGGAGCCUGUUCAUGGCUUCUAAGAAGAAGCAGAAGGGAAUGGUGUUCCAUCAGGACGGGGCGAGCAGCCGUGCAGCCGCACCUGCUGCCGAUCAUCCACCCGCACGCUUCGUUGUUCCCAAACCAGGGAGGGCGAGCGAAGGCGGGAUGGAACAAAGCACCCGUGUGACCAAAGAAGAGGCAGACAUCAUGGGUAAACCCAACCGGUACCCAUCCAAAGAACCCAUCAGGACUUCUGAUGGACUUCCUACUGGGAAACAUCCCGGCAGUUCAAACCCUCAGUCAGACAACCUGUCACCCGAAAGCAUCUGCAAAGGGAUCAAAGUGACGCUGGACAACAACAGCAUGUGGAACGAGUUUUUCAGAUGCAAAACGGAAAUGAUUGUGACUAAACAAGGAAGCAGGAUGUUCCCCUACUGCCGCUUUCGCGUCUCCGGUUUGCAGCCGUCUAGGAAGUACUCUUUGUUCAUGGACAUUCAGCCGUUGGACAACAGUCGGUACAAGUGGACCGGCAAGAGCUGGCAAGUUGCUGGAAAGGCAGAGUGUCACGUAAAGAGUCAACCAUUCGCUCAUCCGGAGUCGCCAUCCACAGGUCAACACUGGAUGCAGAGUCCAGUGUCCUUUUACAAACUGAAGCUCACAAACGGCAUCUCGGAUCAAGAGGGGAACGCCGUCCUGCAGCCGAUGCAUCGCUACUUGCCACAGCUGCACGUGGUCCAAAGUGACAAAGCUGCUAAAGACAUAAAGCUAAAUGGUCCCAGUGUUGUCACGUUCACUUUCCACCAGACAGAGUUUAUGGCAGUCACUGCCUACCAGAACUCACGGUUCUCUCAGCUCAAAGUCGACUACAACCCGUUUGCUAAAGGACUGAAGGAGGACGGCUCCGGCUCCGGUGGCCUAAAGCUGAAAUUGAUAUCCGGCAAAGACUCUCGCAAAGACGGCGGCACGACAGCCAACGAGCAACAUCCUGUGAAGAAGAGCUUGAAGUCUUUGCUUGCAAACCAUAAACCUAGAAGCUCCAAAGCCGCGGACGUGAAGCCUUCAGGGUCAGGUGACCCCCAGAAGAAAUCCACUACAAACGAAGAUCAGUCAGCUGCCAAAGUCACUGAGGAAAGUUCGUGCAGCAGUUCACCUCCAGCUCAGAAGUUAUUUUCUGAACUCAUUCGGGAGGCUCACGUCUCGCUGCAUAGAUGCAACCUGGAGCAGCUGAGCAUCAAUAACAAAACUGAGAACACCAACACUAAAACCACAGCUUUGAAAAGCAACGGACAAGAUGAUCCCACAAGGGACAGAGUAUCUGCCAAAACAUCCCCUGCAAAGAAAGGGGAAAAUGUUGUUACAAAGAGGAAAGUUAGGGAGGAUAAGGACCAUUUGAAUUCAUUGCACUCCAAAGACAAUGUUAGGACCGUCUGUUCUGAGGUCAGUGAUGCUGUUGCUGGUCCAGCAGGGUCCCAGAGCUCCUCUGUGGACUCAGACCACCAACUUAAACCUGAAGCCCCAUCGGAGGUGAAGGUAAAGCAGCGUAAACGGCCUUUGCCUCUGCCAGCUCUCGCUCUGUUUCUGAAGCAGCAUUCAUCAAAAUCUAAAAUGGCCAAGAGGAAGCUGGACUCUCCUCCGCCGGCAUCCCCAUCUGAGUGUUUGUCUGUUUCACAGAGUUCUGCUGCAGCUCCCGAAUGUCCACCUUCUGAUCACGGCAGCAAAGCAGACGUUCCGUCGAAGGACAUUAUUAUUGAUAUCACAAAAUCCGACACCCAGGCCUCGGGACAAACGGGGGCAUCUCUUCAUCCAGAUGAAGUAGUUUUGAAUGUUACAGGACCAGCAGCUGAACCCGCCCGUAAGCCUUCUAGUCCUUCAUGUCCAGAUGCUGUUGCCACUUCAGACUCAAAGGGACUAAGACCUGAUGAUUUCUUGACUUCUGAUUCAGUUGCUGAAAGCACAGGCCCAGAGCCGCCGGUGGUACCAGAUGGUCCACUAGUGUUACCCAACUCGGAUCAGUCAUUUUCUACCCUUGACACAUCUUUAUCCCCCAUUCCCUCUCCUCUUGUUGCGUCUCCAAUUUCAUCACCGCCGCUCGACACAGUGUUAGCUUCUCCAAACUCCACACUACCUUCAGACUCACCACAGUCUGAUUCUUUGCUACCGGACCCUGAAUGUUCCUCGUUUGGCUUUGAGCCUUUGUCUCCUGCCAGCUCUCCAGAGCCGUUACCUUCCCUGCCCGUCUCGUUUGCUCUAGAACUGGACUCCACUCCUUCUGAAUCAACUCCAAAAGCAGUUUCUCCUGAAGAGUUUCAGCAUGGUGAAGACUCUGCAGCAUCUGUGUUCAAAUGGCAUACAGUGUUGCCUCCAUCUGAGCCGUACGUAGACACUACGUACACAACAUUUCAGCCCUCACCACAGACUCUACCUUUAGCGUCUGUUACGUCACCGUUGUUGCCUCUCCAGACUCUGUCCCACUCAGAACCACAGACUCUUGACACUUCCACGUCCACUCCUUCCCCUGAUCCGGAUCCGUCAUUUCAAGACAACGACCAGCCGCUGCCCUUCCCUGCAGAACUUUCCCCCCUAGCGCUCCAGAUGACGCUGUCUCCAACCUUUUCUUCAUUGGACGGAGACGGAUUGUCCCCCACGCCUUCGAUUGCCGACCUCGUGCACUUUUUCUCCACCAAUGAUGACCUUGGGAUGGGGGAGGAGUUUUCAAACACAGAGGCGGUGGCUGUUCCCUGCCCACCUCCAAGUACAGAAGAAGCAAAUGCACAGGAGCCUACUCAGCAGGUGCAACCAAUCCCAGCCAGCAAACCCUGCAGGUACAAGAAGAAGUCCCAGCGGCGUAAGCUUACAGAAAAGGAUCAGAAGAUGGAUGCCUCCACCUACACUAAAAUGCAGCCUAACCUGGAGGAGGUGGAGGAGCAGUUAUUUAUCUCAUUCACAUCAAAGGAGGCCCUCAAACUUCACGUUCCGGACUCCUCUGAUGGAACGACCUCACAGCCUCAGACGACACCUGAGGCUCACCUGCAGCAAACUGCUGUCGCACCUGAGAACGUAGAGACAGCAGAGGGUUUGGAGGAGACGAUCGCUGCCUUUGAGAAGAUUCUUCUGAGCGACCUGAAGCAGAUGAGACACGGACAGGUGAUCCAUCCUGUGCUGCAGGAAGUUGGUCUGAAGAUGAACCUGCUGGAUCCGACUCUGGCCAUAGACCUGCAGUACCUUGGAGUCCGCCUGCCCAUCCCUCCUCCUGGAGUCGCUCUGGAGCCGCUGUCCCCGGAGCUGCCUCCCCCUCAAGGUGUCUCUGCAACGUUUGUGUCCAGAACAGGAAAAACCACCGAUGUGACUCAGAUCAAAGGAUGGAGAGAGAAAUUCACUCCGUCAGAGGCUGCGUCAACGCCGACACCGGCCAACCCUGAAGCUGGUCCCAGUUCAGAUCCUCCAAAGAAGAACCUGUCGGCGUUCUGCAGCGACAUGCUGGACGAGUAUCUGGAGAACGAAGGGAAGCUGAUCGACCAGCGAGCCUCCAGCUUCACUCAGCCGCCGGUGGAGCCGCUGGUCUACGAGCUGCCAACCAGGAGCACCAGCUACGUCCGGACCCUGGACAGCGUCCUGAAGAAGCAGACCGCCGGCUCCCCCACCUCAGACCUCAUAUCUGGAUUCAUCCCCCCCUCAAAGAGACCCAAACUCUCCCUCAGAGAGACCAAACCGUUCAGGAGGCAGAGAGGUCCCAAACCCAAACCCAGUCCAGCUGAAUCAAACCUGGUCCCUAAACAACCUGCAGUCCAGAUCCUAGUGCCCCCCCCAUCUGAUGACACAUACGCCGUCACUGAACCUCAGAAAUCAAAGAGACACCAGCUGAAAGUCCGAUUCGACCCAUCAGAACCGCUCACUCCGUCUGCUCCACCCAAGACGAGGAGGAAGCUCAAACCCAAGGCCUCGUCCCAGACCCUUAGCCCCCCCAAGCCCACGGCCCCCCCGCCCGGCGUCUCACAGGACAUGGCUCCGCUGGAGUCGGACUCUGAGCUCGGGACCGCCAUCCAUCACAGCGAGAAGGACAGUGGGCCCGUGAUGACCCGGGCUCUGCUGAGACAGAAGGACCUGGAGGACGGGGUGUUGUGGGAGGGCCGACCCCGGACCAGCAUCACGGAGGAGAGGGCCGCCAUCGCUCUGACAUCACUCUUCACUCUGAAGGGUUUCGUCAGAGAGAACCCCACCGCCCCCAUCCAGCUGGUCCGGAGACGAGCCCCCCCCUGCCUGAAUGAGUCCUGCAGACUGGGCUGCCUGUGCUCCAGUCUGUCCCACUGCUCCAGGAUCAGCCACUGCGGCCGGCCGGCCUGCAUGUUUGGCUGCAGCUGCCUCAAACAGAAGGUGGUCCUCCUCAAGAACCUGGACGGCUCCGACUCCAGCUCCUCCCAGCCUGCACGCAGCAAGAGGAGGAGGAGGAGGAGGAGGAUGAAGAUGGCCUAUGUCUUAAAGGAGGCGGACAGCGUUUCCCAGCCUGCGGAGCGGGUCCGGACUCUGUGGAAGAGGGGCAAUGGAGACUCGGAUCCAGAGGCGGUCCACGUCCCUGAACCAGUAGUGCUGUCCCCCCCCUCUGUGAGAACUGUGAGAGGAGAGGACGACAGCAGCUGUGCCAGAGUCAGAGUUUUCGUAGCGAGGAAGAAGAGAAGGAAACGGACGAGGAAGGAUCAACUGGAGAGUCGAGAUAAUCCAGCGGAGACGUCCAAAGAGGUGAAACCUAAAGAUGUUCGGCUGAAGCCUUCGAGAAAGAAGGACACAAAGACCAAAACCUUGAGUCCUCCAGAAGCAGGUGAUCCGGCUCAGCCUGACCCCCCCGACCGGCCUCCGUGUCAUCCGUCGGAGCCGAAGCCAUCGAAGCGCCUCACCAUCGUGGCAGAGUGUAAGUGGGCGAGCGACGGCGACCGUAACCUGGUGCUGAAGAUGCUGUGCGAGGCGAUGGCUCAGGACCGGCUGGACCAACCGUUCUGGAUCAAAGAGUAUCUGGUCAGUCCCAUCAGUCAGACCGUGGAGGACGGCGCCGACGACUGCUGCAUCCACUACAGGAUGCACAUCUCCAGACCCAGACUGGAGCGGGAGAAACCAGCGAGACCAGUAAAACUACUAAGACCACAACGACACAGGAAACGGAGGGGGACCAAACAACAGCAGAUGGUCGUGGAGGCGGAGCCUCUUGAAGAUUGGCAGCGGGAGGUGGAGGAGGAGAAGGAGGAGGAGAAUGAGAAGAAGGAGAAGGAGGAAGAGGCGGCGCCUGAAGAUUGGCAGCGAGAGGUGGAGGAAGGUGACAUCGAGGAGGAGGAGGAGCGAUCUACAGAUAACGAGAUGAAGAUGGUGUCACAGAAGAAGAAGAUGGUCAGCAUGGCGCUGCCGUUCCUCACAGGAGUCUCCCCCGCCGGGUUCCUCUCAGCCAAUAGGAAGCAGCCGGGAGGAACCGACCACCUGGUCCAGGUGAAUGGGAAGCUCUAUCCUCUGGCUAAGAUCCAGCUGGGGAAGAUGGGGGCACUCCAUCCGGCCAACCGGCUGGCAGCGUAUCUGACGGGCAGGGUUGGGUCCAACAGGAAGCACCAAGGUUCCUCUUCAUCGUCCUCCAAACCUCCUCAGAACCAGAGUUCAGGACCAACCGCCUCCUCUGGGGUUCCCACCCCCCACCCAGAUCUCAGGCCGGUGAAGUUCGACCAAUCAGCCGCCUCCUCCCAGCAGUCUGCAGGUGAAGCCUCUAAAGGGGCGGGGCCGCAGGUCGUCACGGUGAGGCUGUACCCGGGUCUGAAGGGAGGGGGCAGUCAGGUCAGGGUGGUACCUGCAGCUUCUUCAAGCUCCGCCCCCACCUCAGACUCUCAGGUGAGCAGCUCGGUGGCCUCACCUGUAACUCCGCCUCCUAAAGGCUCCCAGUUGUUGAUGCUUCAGGCUCCUCCCCCCAGCUCCUCCACCGGCCAGAGGAUGGUCCUGCAGCCGGUCCAGUCAAAGUCAGGAGUCCAGUACUACCGCAGACCGGAUGGAAAACUGGUCCAACUGGUUCCCAUCAGCCAGCUGAGAGCAGUCAACCAGAACCUGUCUGUCCAGAGAGUCCUCCCUGCUGCAUCCCUCCAGACUCCAGUUAGUAACCAAACUCCACCAUCGACCACAGUGACCUCCAUCCUCCCUGCCUCCUCCUCCCCCCUCACCUCCCCUCUCCUCCCCAGUUUCGUGACUCAGACAGGGACCUGCACCUCUAAACUCCUCCCCUCCGGCUCCGGCAGGGACCCGAUCAUCGUCUCUUGUCCUAAAGUUCCCUCCUUCACCCUCCCCCCCCCCUCCCCCGAUGAGCCUCAUACCCUCCACAGGUGGGGGGCCGAGCCGGGUGUCAAAACAGUGACGGUGUCAGCAGCCCCGUCGGGUCCUGGUGGGGUGUUAAUCCAGACCCCUGCAGGGACCAGACCUUCACCCAAUCCUCCAGAACCCAGACCUCCACCGGAGCCGGCCAGUGACCCGCUGGACCUGGACAUCGUCUGUGUGGACGAAGAGCUGGAGCUCCAGAAGGGGGCGGGGCCAAAGAGACGCUGGAGGGGAGGAGCCAGAGGG